GCUUCGGGAGGACUCGCGUCGGUCCAGUCCGCUUUUAGGCUGCAAGAGCUUCACAGCUAAAGAAGUUAAAAACAUGUCUGUCCAAAUGUAACCGUACAUGUGCGGCAGCGUGUGUGUUCCCACCGGGAGAACAACGAUGGACUGCGGGCUGAACAGGAGGGAAUGGUGGCUGCGCGCGCUGCUGUGGUGGUCGCUCCUGGUCGAGCUGGCGUCGGGAGCUUCAUUCUACGGCGACGGCUUUGUGCAGCUCAAGGCGUCCGAGGCGUCCGACCAGAACACGCUGCGCAUUCGCUUCCGAACCUCCAGCGCCGGCGGCCUGCUGUUCCUGGCCGCCGGCCAGACCCACUACUUCCUGCUGGAGCUGCGCGCCGGUCGCCUGCAGCUGAAAGUGGACCUCGGACUGGGGGAGGUGGUGUUGCGGUCAGAGGGUGGCACCCAGCUCAACGACCUGGCUUGGCACUCGGUGGAGGUCCGUCAUGUGCUGAGCACUGUCACUCUCACUGUGGACAAGAACUCUCACUCAGAUAAAAAGAUGUCCGGCUACAAUCACAAUCUUCCGAUUUUUGAAUGGCUCUAUGUCGGAGGUUUAGGAGGCCUGGACAGACUUUACCUCCCCAGAGACGUGGUCAGCUUCCGGGGCUGCAUGGAUGAGGUGGUCUUCAACGAACACGACUUGGUGUCAUCCCUGAGGCCGUAUACAGGAUUCAAUGUCCACGAGGUGUCUUUAGGCUGCAGUCCCCAAUUCUCUGCUACAGAGGAAGACCCUAUCAGCUUCUUCAGCUCCAGGGCUUACAUUUCUCUUCCCACCUGGAACGCCCAGCACGAAGCGACAUUUGAGAGUAUCGUGCAUACUUCAGCCAAAGAGGGAAUUAUCCUGUACAAUUCUGCCCGAGAGGGGGACUUUGUGGCUGUGGAGAUUCAGGAAGGGUUGCCAGUGGCCAUUGUUGGUAAAGGUGGAACCAAAACCGAGCUUCGAUCCCUCACGUUCAUCAAUGACAGGAAAUGGCAUUCUAUGAAGUUGCAUUUCACUUCCAAAAGCCUGGAGCUUACUGUCGACGGAGAGAUGGUGAAAAGCAGCAUUAGCUCUGGUUCAAAGGGGCUUCAGCUGAGAGGUUAUCUUUUUGUCGGAGGUGUCGAUGACGGCACUAGAGCAGAAGUCAGAAAGGUGGGCCUUGUCUCUGUGUCUGGAAAGCGUGUCAGAGGAGGUUCCUUUAAAGGAUGUUUAAAGAAUAUCAAAGUCAAUGGAGUAACAACCGGUCUCUCCAACGCCGUAGUCUCCAAGGAUAUCUCAGUUGGUUGUGAGCUGGAGAUAAAAACAGAACCCUCGACCACUGUGAGUCCAACGAGUGCUCCGUUACACAACUUGCACUUUCCGACACCAACACCGCCACUUCAGAUGUCCACCCUCGCAAUAGGUUUGGACAGAAAUUACGGCUCGAAUUUUGUGCAGCUCAAAAACCUUGUGGUCCAGGAGGGCAGUCGAGCAUCUCUCGAGGCCAAACACAUCAAGGUAGUCUUGGACUUCAAGAAGCUUGGCAUUCGACAGUCCCAGAUCAUGUUCCAAAUCCAGGAGCAACCAACUCAUGGUCAGGUAAGGCUUGAUGUUGAUCAGGACCAAGAGGAGAACACCUUCAGCAUGUUGGACCUUUGGCACGGGCGAGUGAUGUAUAUCCAUGGAGGCUCCGAGGAACCGGAUGACUUCUUCAUGUUUUCAAUGUAUUCAAGCAGUAGAAAGAAAGUUCCUGAUUAUCUGAAGAGCAACAAAUUGUACCGCUACAAUAUUACUGUGACACCCACCAACGAUGCGCCCGAAUUGAGUCUCCCUGAAGGAAAUCUAUUUGUCCUAUUGGAGAACUCAAAGAAACGCCUAACCACUGAUGUCCUGAAAGCCACCGACAUCGACAGCAGCUACACCGACCUCGUCUUCUCUGUGCUUGGGAACCUGAACGCUGACGCAGGAUAUCUGGAAGUUGAGAACAACCCAGGAGAGGCUGUGACAGCGUUCUCAUAUUUAGACCUUGAGGAACUGAGGGUGUUCUAUGUUCAUGCAGGAGUUCGAAACUCAAGAAUUGUUCUUAGAGUUAGCGACGGAGAAAAGGUCAGCAACACUGUUGUCUUAAGGGUCAUGGCUGUAGCGCUGGAGUAUAAGAUAGCAAACAACACAGGCCUUGAGAUCAUUCAAGGAGAGACUGCUAUACUUGGUUCAAAGCAGCUGGCUGUGCAAACCAAUGCCGUGAAACAAGUCGUAGACAUCCGAUUCGAUAUCAUCGAAGCGCCUCAGUAUGGGGAACUCCAAAGACUUCACUCCAGUGGUGAAUGGAGACCUACUGACUCGUUUUCCCAAAGGCUUCUCGAAAAAGAGCGCCUGAGGUACGUCAGUACCUAUCAAGACAUUCAGACAACCAACGCCACUGAUUACUUUAAGAGCAGAGUUAUUGUGGCUUCAAGGGAAACCACUGAAAUCCUCUUUUUAAUCACUGUGAAGUGGGUAAAUUACCACCUGGUGAGGAAUGUUAUGAUUGACAUGGAUAAAGUUCGCAAAGUGACACUGGACUCAGAGUGUCUUUUAGCCACAGCUGAAGGUGUAGUCCUCUCAGAGGAAGCCAUCCAUUACCGGGUUCUGACCACACCAAAGAAAGGGAAACUCCUGCUCGAAGGGACAGUCUUGGGGAAGAACUCAACCUUUAGCCAAAAAGAUUUAACGGAUCAAAAAGUACAUUACGAGCUCGUCGACAGGCCUUAUGAAGAUACAAGUGACCGGUUCAAAUUUCAGCUGGUUUCCAAACACGCUCAGUCCCAAUACUAUGACUUCCGGUUUUCCAUCAAAGCUGAUGUAAACAGUGUGUUCAUAAGAAAUGACGGAGUCUCACUGCAGGAGGGAGGAAGUAAACUAAUCACGAAAGACAACCUGUUUGCAGAGACUUUGAGCACAAAGGAUAUGUACUACACAAUAACAAGCACCCCCAAACAUGGGAAGCUGGCCCGUAUUAGCAAGUCAAAUUCCAACGCUAGCUACGACAACAUCCUAACCUUUAGUAACCAGGAUGUAUUGGAGGAACGGAUAAUGUACAUCCAUGAUGACAGUGAAACCACACAAGACCAGUUUACUUUCAUAACCUCCACCAGUCAAGGUUUCAAAUCCUUGGUCACAGCAGAUGAUAUCGGCUCCAAAGAAGGCGUGUUCAACAUUACUAUUCGGCUAGUCAAUGACCAAAAGCCCGUACGUGUUAUUGAUAAAGUGUUCCAUGUAGUAAGAGAUGGGCAGAAGAUACUCACCAUAGAGGACUUGCGGUAUCAUGAUGCAGACUCUGAUUUUGACGAUGGCCAGUUGAUUUACACUCGCCGAGGCAUCCCAAUGGGAGACCUGGUGCUGGUUAACGACACCGCCCAUCGCCUUUUUCAGUUUCGCCAGAAGGAUCUGGAAGAAAAGCGAGUGUUGUUCAUUCACAAGGGCGUGAGCACGGGCAGGUUUGUGCUCUUUGUCUCCGACGGACAGCAUUUUGUAUCGAGCCUCUUGGACAUCAGCGCGCACGACCCCUUCUUGAGGGUUGGCAACAACACCGGCCUGCUGGUCCAGAAGGGCCGGUCCGUGACCUUUUCCACUGGUAACUUUAGCGUUGUAUCAAAUUUGGACAUCAGAGACAACCAAGAAGUCCUGUUCAUUUUGGAUGGGGCUCCCAAGUACGGGGGUCUAUACCGCAAUGAGAAGAUGGUGGAGUCCUUCUCGCAGUGUGACUUUAAGGAUGGGCUGGUUUCCUACCGGCACGACGACAGCAGGCAUCUCGCAGACUCUUUCAACCUAACAGUGAGCGCUAAAGGUCUGCAUCUAGCGGUGAGGAUCAAUGUGAAGGUUUACCUGGAAAGUCAUCAGAGGCCUCCCAUUGUGCUGCAUCACAACAGCCUGCUGGUGGAGGAGGGAAAACCAGUGACGGUUAGCGGGACAAAACUAGAGGUCACUCACGAGGACAACCUGCCAUCUGAGAUUGCAUUCACAGUCAAAGUGGCGCCGUCUCAUGGCUUUCUCCGGCGUUUCGUCGAAGCGGAGGAGCGCUACAUCGGAACCCAGCAGUCCCCUGUCAACACGUUCACCCAAGAGGACGUCGGCGGCGGAAACAUCCAGUACGUGCAAACGGAACCCGAGCGAGUGAACGACACGUUCGUCCUGGAUGCCACCAAUGGGGUGACUGACGUCAGCGGCAUCAGGAUGUCUGUCGACAUCAUCCCACGCCUCAUCCCGCUCCAGGUCUCCAAUUUCACUCUGAACGAGGGCGCGUCCAAGGCGCUGACCCAGGACGUCCUCAAAGUCACCAACCGGCACUUUUCGGGAAACAACUUCCUGUAUAGUCUGACUGAGCGCCCGCGGCACGGCCACGUGGAGCACUCGCGGCAUCCUGGUGUGGCCAUAACCUCGUUCACCAGGAGGCAGGUUGAGCACGAGUUCAUUUACUACAUCCACGACAGCAGCGAAACGUCAGCCGACUGCUUCACCGUGGCGGCCAAUGACACUGGCCUGAGGAAGCAGAGCGCGGCCCAGACGGUGCACAUCCAGGUUACAGCUGUCAACGACGAGCCUCCUGUUAUUACAGCCAACAGGGUCCUCAGGGUGUGGGUGUCCUCGAUGACGGAGAUCAGGCCAGAGGAUCUGAGGGUGCAGGACGUGGACACGCCCCCAGCGGAGCUUAACUUCAUGGUGACCCCACCCAGCAACGGACACCUGGCCCUGAAGCGUGACCCCAUGAAGGCGGUGCUAAACUUCACCCAGCAGCACGUAGACCAGGGGCAGCUGCUGUUUGUCCACAAAGGUGCCAUGUCUGGAGGAUUCAGCUUCCAAGCCAACGAUGGGGUGAACUUCUCUCCCCGGCAGAUCUUCAGCAUCACCGCCAGAGCCUUAGUGCUUAGCCUGGAGAAAAACCGUCCGCUCAAGGUGUUCCCAGGCUCUUCGGCUCCCGUCACUAACGAGGUCCUACAGGCGGUGACCAAUGACCUCAGCAACACCUCCAACCGCGUCAUCACGUUCAGUGUGAUCCAGCAUCCUAAACUGGGGCGACUGGUGAUGAGGCAGCCAGACAACUCAAUGGUGGACAUCUCCUCUUUCACACAAGACAUGGUGGACAGGAAAGAAGUCGUGUACAUUCAAACCCCCAUUGAGUCCGUGGGCUGGGAAGCAAUGGACUCCAUGACCUUCUCUGUGGCGUCAGCGCCGUCUUCUCUGGACAGUCAGACCUUCAGAAUCAACGUUUCCUAUGAGAAUACUGGACCUGAACACAACACAGUCCUGCUUGCAAACACAGGUGCUGAAGUGACGGAAGGGGAGAGCGUCAUCAUUGACGAAUCCAAGUUGGACGCUACCAACCUGAUGUCCAAGCUGCCGACGCCUCAGCGGAGCUCCCAUGAGGUUUGGUUCCAGGUGACCUCUCUGCCUCAGCACGGUGUCAUAGUGGUCGGGGAGAGAAACCUCACCAAAGAGAAACCCAACUUCUCCCAGUUUAUCGUGAACAAGUUUGGCAUCACCUACAAGCACGACAACUCGGAGACAACUCGUGAUUCCUUCUCAUUCAGUGCAUGGCUAAAUCCUAGAGGCAAGACAGCCCAACGGCCCCAGGACAUCAUUGAUGUAGUCGAGGAACGUCUCAACAUCACAAUCACGCCUGUGAAUGAUCAGCCACCUUUGCUAAAAACCAAAUCACCAACUCUGAGGGUGGUGCAAGGGGAUACAGUAGCCCUCGGGCCUGAGAACCUCAAAGUUGAAGACUUGGACGAUCCUCCUGAGGAUAUCAAGUUCUCUGUGAUUAGCAAGCCGAACAAUGGUUACCUAGCCCUGGAAGGAAGUUUGGAUGAGUCGAUAGUGGCCUUCACCCAAGCCCAGAUCAAUAACGGAAGCGUCUAUUUCAUCCAUGAUGGAAGCUCUGUCUCUGGUGUGUUCUACUUCAGUGUCACAGAUGGCCAUCAUAAACCCAUAUAUAAACUCUUCAACCUAGAAGUUACCAAAAUCACCAUUUCUCUGGUCAACUACACUAGAUUGACACUUUUGCAAGGCCAGACCUCAGUAUCCCUGACACAAGACAACCUGGCAGCUGAGACCAACGGGAAAAAUAUCACCAUUCGCUACCAGAUUACAAGGCCUCCUAACUUUGGCAAACUUUUGAAGGACAACCAAGAGUCUACCAUGUUCGAACAGGAGGAUCUACGUGCUGGAAGGCUGUCCUACCACAUGAUCUCCCUUAUCUCUGCGGAGGACAGUUUUGAGUUCACAGCCUUCACUUCAGAGGCAAAUGUGAGCGGGCAAAUGUUUAACAUAAGCGUCACACCUUUGAUCCACGUCAGGAAAGGUUUGAGGAUCCCCAACGGGAUUCCUGUCAAACUCAACACCAGCGUCCUUAAUGCCUCUGACUUGGCCAAUAUCAGUGAUAGUGACCCUGUAUUUGAGAUGAUCUCCCAGCCAAAGUAUGGGAGGGUUGUUUGGACAAAACCUAAAAUGUCCAGGAAGACUGGAGCAGUUGAGUCUUUCACCUUUCAGGAUCUGAUACAGGAGAGGGUAGCCUUGGAUCUGAGUGCCAACAUGACCGGAGUUCAAGAGCUGAACGACUCACUGGUGUUUGUACUGAAAGCUCAGAACAUCCAACCUGCUAAAGGAGAGUUCCACUUCACAGUGGUGCCAUAUGAUCGAGGCCUUGUUCCUACAACUAGGAGCCCCCCUGUCCCAACCACAUCAUCUUCCCCUCAUACACCCGUCCAGAGUGGAAGUGCUUCGCCAGUCCAGUUCACGGCUUUCUUCUCCACCCAGCAACCGAGCAAAAACCAGCAGAAGUUCAAGGCACGCAACCGCUGGGGGAACUCCAACCGAACCAGCAUUUUCAGCACAACUCUUGGCAAACCAACACGUGGAACAGAGGACUUUCCCUUUAGAAACACACCGGUGCGCGUUGAGUCCUACCCUCAAAAAACCACCAGUCCCCUCUUGGUUAUUUUACCCCUGCUGGCCUUGCUUCUGCUCAUAGUCAUCUUCGUAGUGCUGGUUGUCUUUCUCCGACACCACAGACAAAGAAAGCAGAACGCCGCCGAACCAAAGGAGCCACCGCCCGCUGGUCCCUCGUACCAAGGUCAACCCCAGAGGUGCACGACAGUUCCCACCGUGACUGUCACCCCGCUGAACCCCAGCUGCCCAGGGAGUCCUGUUCUAGAUAGGCUGCUCACUCAGAAUCAGGCCUCGAUUUAUGACACCAUUGAUUCAAACAUGCUCAUAAGUACUUGGAGGAAUGGCUCCCCCUCGUCAUUUACCCAAAUCAUUAGAACCGCCACGCCCACACUGCAGACAAACCAGUACUGGGUUUGAGCUUCCUCAUAACUGCAGCUUUAUUGAGAUUUGAAAGAGCAAAACCAGUGGCCACAAACGCAGCUUGGUGUGCUGGAUAACUAGCAGGCCCAUUGUUUGGAAGUAACAACCUUAUAAUUAACACUGUACACAAAGGCUGUGUUGGCUUGCUUCUAUGCUUUUCUGCCCCCUAUUUGUGGAUAAUUGAUUGAUGCAGCUUUAAUGCUGUGUUCACACCAAAAGCAAAGUGAAUUUUCGCUUGAACCACCAAAGUACGUUAUUCAGCCUGUGCACAGCUUUUGGUUUUCUUUAAGGCGCUCAAUCCUUCCAAACAGCGGUGGAGUUUGGUGGGACUGAUUUAGUUCCCUCAAGCAUUUACCAAGCGGCAUUGUGGGAAAUCCUAACCUGUGUUUGGUGCCUGACGUGUGUUUAAUGCCUCCCUCCUGUUAUCUGGUCCUCGUGCACGGUGAAGUCUUCCACUAUGGGUGCAGAUAGUCGCAGUGGAGGCUCAUGCUGACAACCGAUUGAAACUGUGAAUUACUAAGACUGACACUGGCACAAAUAUAGUCUAAGCAUUUCAAUUGAUUGUGCAGAUUUUAUACUGUUGUUCUGUAUUAUAUAUUAUAGAAUAUAAACUUUUUGUAACUCAGGUAUUUUGUUAACGGUCGGUUACUUCAUGUUACCUUUUAAGAGGAUUGCAUACACUCACCGGCCACUUUAUUAGGUACACCAGUCCAACUGCUCGUUAACACUUAAUUUCUAAGCAGCCAAUCACAUGGCGCAACUCAGUGCAUUUAGGCAUGUAGACAUUGUCAAGACA